UUUGUUGUGGUCCAGGUCAGAAAGUUCUGUGAUUGGGAGCCAAAGGAGUUCUGUUCACCUUCAGCUCUCUCUCUCUCUCUCUCUCUUUCUCUCUCUCUCUCUCCUCUCUCCUCCCAGGUUCUCUCCUCUCUCUAGGUUGCAUGCGUUAUGUAUCCAUGGGUACACUUUUAUUUUACACGAUGCGUCGAUAAUCUUCGUGCCCUUUCAGAUUCCCCUAGCGGCCCCGUCUAUUCGAUCAACUCCAUUUCCAGUACCUUCGUCAGUCUCGAUAUUUAAAUUGUAGAAAUUCUAGGUUUCGAAGAAGACCCUUUUUUUUUUUUUCGCUAGAAAAAAUUAUUGCUUUACCAGUGUUUGUAGCUUUGGAAUUUCGAGGGGUUCUACAUGGGAGUUGUAGAAAUUAGUGAUUUUCCCUUAUCUAGAGUCAUAAAUUUGAUCGGGUUCUUGAAUUUCAAGGGCUAUAUGGACAGAAGCAAUAAUAGGUUCUGAUUUUAGAGUUGAAAAUCCGUCGUUAUAAAGAUGAAUCAUCGACCAGCUACUCGAAGCAAAAAUAAAAGGCAUAGACCAGAUGGCAAUGCAGAGGCUACCUCAGAAAUUCUCAGGAAAGUUCACUCAACUGGUCAAGUGACACCAGAUGAUAUAAAUUGCUUAUACAUGAUUUGGAAGCCUGUAUGUCAAGGGUGUCGAGUGAAUACGAAAGACAAUCCUAAUUGCUAUUGUGGACUGGUUCCCCCUCCUAAUGGAAGUCGAAAAUCUGGCUUGUGGCAAAAGACGUCGGAGAUUGUUCUUUCACUUGGGCCUGACCCAUCCAAGGAUCUCCGCACUUCCACCAACUCACCAGCAGGCCUCACGAAUCUGGGUGCUACAUGCUAUGCUAAUAGCAUACUUCAAUGCCUCUACAUGAACAAGUCUUUCAGGGAAGGUGUUUUCUCUGUGGAACCACAUGUUCUGAAAGAACAGCCAGUUUUGGAUCAACUUGCUCGACUCUUUGCUCAGUUGCAUGCUAGCAAAAUGGCUUUUGUUGAUUCGGCACCGUUUAUUAGAACCCUGGAGCUAGACAAUGGUGUUCAGCAGGAUAGCCAUGAGUUCCUAACCUUGCUUUUUUCAUUGCUUGAGCGAUGCUUGAGCUAUUCCGAAGUUUCCAAGGCGAGAACAAUUGUACAAGAUCUUUUCCGUGGAAGUGUGUCUCAUGUAACCACGUGCUCAAAAUGUGGAAAAGAUUCUGAGGCUUCGACAAACAUGGAAGACUUCUAUGAGCUGGAGUUGAAUGUCAAGGGUUUGAAAAGUUUAGAUGACAGUUUGGAUGAUUAUUUGAGCGUGGAAGAGCUUCAAGGAGACAACCAAUACUAUUGCGAGUCUUGUUCUACUCGAGUUGAUGCAACACGUAGCAUUAAGCUACGGUCAUUGCCUGCUGUCCUUAAUUUUCAGCUCAAGCGCUGUGUUUUCCUUCCAAAGACUACAACCAAGAAGAAGAUCACCUCUGCUUUCAAUUUUCCUGGAGAACUGGAUAUGGGGCACAGGUUAUUUGAGAAUUCCCACCCAGAUUUAAUAUAUGACCUAUCAGCUGUCUUGAUUCACAAGGGUUCUGCUGUGAAUAGUGGCCAUUACAUAGCACACAUUAAGGAUGAGAAUUCAGGGCAGUGGUGGGAAUUUGAUGAUGAACACGUCUCAAAUUUAGGGCAACACCCAUUUGGUGAAGGCUCUUCAAAUUCUGCUGCUAAAUCUGCAGUUGUUGAGCCAAUUAUCCAUCAAACAUGCUCUGGGACAAUGGAAAAUGUUGUCACUGGAAGUCAUGUGCAUGCUAGUCAGCCAAACUCUUCCAAAUCUAAUAUUGUUAAUUCUGUCCAUACAUUCUCCUCAAGUGAUGCCUACAUGUUGAUGUAUGUUCUAAGAGAUUUAAAGGAUCAUGGUGAAAAAGCAUCGAAGGAUUCUGGUGAGAUUAAAAUGGAAAACCUUAUUGGUGGAGCUCCGGAAAACAGUGUUUCUCUUCCAUCUCAUCUUUGUGAAGAGAUAGAACAAUUGAAUAAAUCAUAUCUUGAUGCUUGCAAACAAUACAAUUCAAAGAAGGAAUUGGAGUUGAGUCGCAUCAUUGAACGGCGAAAAGAAGUCCGAACAGUUCUUUCUGAAGCCCCUGUCCAAUCACUUGGGGAACCAUAUUUCUGGAUUUCCACUGACUGGAUACGCCACUGGAUUGACAAUAUCAGUCCCUUGAACAUUGACAAUAGCACUAUCCAAUGCUUGCAUGGAAAAGUCCCAGUUUCAAAGAUUGGCAACAUGAAGAGGUUAUCAACCAAGGCUUGGACCAUGUUGUACUCAAAGUAUGAUGGAGGCCCAACACUGGCCAAGGAUGACUACUGCAUUGAUUGCCUUUUUGAAGGGGCACAUAGUAUGGUCAGUGCUGAAAGCUAUAGGGACCGAAGAGCACUGAUGAAAGAACUUGCUGAAGCAGCUCUUGCAGGGAAGUGUCUAGAUGGACCAUUGUACUAUGUAUCUAAGGCUUGGGUGCAACAGUGGUUACGCAGAAAAAAUGUCGAUUCCCCAUGUGAAGCUGAUGCAGGACCAACUGCUUCAAUCAGGUGCCCUCAUGGGGAACUUAUGCCUGAACAAGCUACUGGUGCCAGGCGGGUGCUUGUUCCUGAGAGCCUCUGGCUAUUUUUCUAUGACACUGCCAACACAGUAAAGCCUGAUGAUCCCUUGGGUUGUUCAACUUUUCCUUCCGACUCUGCACCCUGUGCUCAAUGCAAUUUGGAACUCUCAGAAGUGGCAUGCUUGGAGGAUAAUCUAAGAGAGUUCAAGCAGAAACAACGCCAGAAUCAUGAAAGAUUAGCUUUAGGAAAAGGUAUUGCACUUUUUCCCAUUCAAAGAUACUACUUGUUGCCAACUCUAUGGCUAUCAAAAUGGAGAAGUUAUGUCACUGCAAGCGGCAAGAGUGCUACUUCUUCUGCAGAACCUGAGACUUUGAGCAACAUCAUUGAUUUACUGAAAUGUGAGAAGCACUCAGGAGUUCUUGAACGGCCUCCUGAUCUGAUCUUCAGACGUGGUACAGUUGUGCAAAAGUCACCCAAUACAGAUCAGUUGACAAUCAUUACUGAAGAUGACUGGAAACUAUUCUGUGAAGAUUGGGGUGGAACAGUGCAGGAAGGUAUCUCUGCUGAAAUUGAGGUUGGUGAUUGCCCAGGAGGUGAUUCAGUUGGAUCAUCCAUAGAAAUGCCAAUACCUGAGGAGCAUAUGAAUAAUGAAGUAAACACUGAGAUUGAAUCCAAACGGCUUCGAGUGAAGACUUUUCCAGAGGUAUGUGAAAAUUGUAUAGGUGAAAGAGAAAGCUGUGAGUUAAUGAGGAAACUCAAUUAUAGCAAUGAAGAUAUUUGCGUUUGCUUUAUUCGUGGCAAGGAACCUCCAAGAUCCAUUUUAGAAGCAUCUGCUAACAGUUCUGAGCCUGAUCGCCGAACAUCCAAGCGCUCUAGGAAGACAACUUUUGGGAACUCUGUAAAUUUGAAAGUUUCUGGAUCGACAUCAAUCUACCAGUUGAAAAUGAUGAUAUGGGAAUCCUUUGGGGUUGUCAAGGAAAACCAAACUCUUCAUAAAGGUUCCAGGGUAAUUGAUGGGGAAUCUGCUACACUUGCUGAUAUGAAUAUAUUCCCUGGAGAUACUCUAUGGGUCACAGAUUCAGAGAUGUAUGAGAACCGGGAUAUUGCAGAUGAAAUUUCUGACCAGAAGAUGGAGGUGAUACAGACAGAGGAAGGGUUUCGUGGAACACUCUUGACUUCAAAUAUCUCAUCUCAGGUUGUGUAGGAUGCCUGAUGUAAUUAAUAAGCGUAUUCUAUUAUGGUCAAAAGCUUUUUUGAUACUUCAGCUGGGAGGUGGAAAGGCUGGAAUUUUAACAUACUUAGGAGAUUUUGUGAAUGCAGACCUCAUCCAUGGAAAGUGUUGGUGCAUUGUCUCGUUCUCUUACAUAUUGGACAGGAAAUUUUUGUAUCGUUUGGAAAGUUUGCCUGUUUGAAAUGCAUCGGCUUUUGGAUCUACCUAAUUGAGGUACAGUUUGGUGUUUGUCCGGAUGAACUUUUGCUUUUUCUGUUGCGAUCAUGUCUCUUGUUUACCCCAUCCCCAUGUCAUUAUCAUAGUGGCAAGAAAGGUUAAUGAACGCAGUCAGAUAGUUUUGGAUGUUGCGGUUUUAAGAAAAAUAUGCAAUUGCCUACCUAGUGGAUUAAUAUGUACGUACAUGUCCUGUUGAUUACAUACUACCGGUCAUCUGAUGUACCAUCCCAGCAACAUUUAUACACGGAAAGGUAUUCUUUUGUCA